ACAGCCCGGUCACGGCCCCUUUCCAGAAUGCUCAUUGGCCUCGGGGGCGGGGCUUGAGCACAAGAUGGCCACCGUGCGCCCGGAGCCCCGGAUUCCGAGCUCACCGACCCCGGAGUCAGCGUCCCCGGAGCCUCCGGACCUGGUCUCCGGGCCCGAAGACGACAGCCCCGCCCCGCAGCCCAGCAGCCUCAUCGAGAUCCAGGUGGUGAGAGUCACGGACGCGGCGCCCGAGCCUGGGCCCCCCGCGCCCGGCUCCUUCCCCUGUGCCUUGUGCCCGGCCGCCUUCCGGCUGGUAUCGGAGCUGCUGUUCCACGAGCACGGCCACCUGGCGGGCGCGGAGCGCGGCGGGGACCCGAGCCGCUGCCACGUGUGCGGGCUGCGCUGCCCCGGGCCAGCCGGGCUCCGCGCGCACUACCGGCUGCACACGGGAGAGCAGCCGCCGCGCUGCCCGCGCUGCCCGCGCGCCUGCCCGCCCGGGGCGACGGCGGGGGGCGCGGCGGCCGCGGGGAAGCCGUUCGCCUGCCGCUUCUGUGCCAAGCCCUUCCGCCGCUCCUCGGACUUGCGAGACCACGAGCGCGUGCACACCGGCGAGCGGCCCUACCACUGCGGCGUGUGCGGCAAGGGCUUCACGCAGUCGUCGGUGCUGAGCGGCCACGCGCGCAUCCACACCGGCGAGCGCCCGUUCCUCUGCGCGCUCUGCGGCCGUGCCUUCAACAACUCCUCCAACUUCCGCAAGCACCAGCGCACGCACCUGUCAGGGCCCCGAAACAUAGGGGGCCCCCGGGCGGGGCCCUGAGGCCGACGAACAGCCCCGGGACAGUGAGCGCCGAGGCGGGCCCGCCGCAGCUCGGGGGCGUGGGCUUGGAUCCAGGCCCCGGGCUUACUCCACUGCAGACGCCCCGAGGGCAGGGACGCGGCCCCUCCCCCGCCCCCCAGCUCCCGUCGUCCUUGGACGGCCACGCGGGGCUGCCACCAUGGAGGGGCAGCAGGGGCAGGGACCCCCAAGGACCUUCAUCCCCAGCCCUGGUGGUGCCGGGACCCCAGGGCCGGCCUACCUCACUGGAUUGCACUUAUCUCCACCCCGGCCGGCCGGCGCGGGCUCCAGGUCUCCUCACCUCAGCCUCCUGAGCAAGGCCAGAGCGGGAUCUCCAUGGCGCCCCUCCCCGACACCGACACCGCGCGCCCUGCUUCCUGGGCCGGGCUAAGCGUGGACCUGGGGCCGCCUGGGUGCAGAAUCGAGGACGUGGGGGCGG